ACCAUAAUCCCGAUAUAUGUUUAUCCUCCAAAUCGCAAAAAACCAACAACAUUUUCCCUCCAACAUUGAUUUUUAUAAAAGCAUAGGUACCAAUUUCAUAGUACUAAUUUUUCAAGACGGUUUCUACAAAGCAAUCUUCAAUCGAUUUCAAGUGUCAUAACACGACGGUUUUCUUUUAAUUCGGUUUGUCAAAGCUUCAAACGAAUUCAAGGACGCCUGGUACAAGGCUUUUACAAGAAACAUGGCUCCUAACAAAGAUACCGAAGAAGGUAUAAACUGGACCAAUGAGAAUAUUGUAAAAUUUUGUGAAGUUUGUAUCGACUACGUUACGAAGAAUGGACGUGGUCAACUCAUGAGAUGGCGAGAGAUUGAAGAUCUUUUUACAGAAAAGGUUGGGAAACAAUGUAGCUUUAAAAGUUUAAAGAACAAGUAUGAUAGCAUGAAGAAAGAUUGGCGCCUUUGGAAAUUUUUAAAAACAGGAGAAACCAGUUUAGGUUGGAAUCCAACGACCGGAAAGCUAGAUUGUUCAGAUGAAUGGUGGGAUAGAAAGCUAAAGGAGAAACCUGAUGCAAAGAAGUACCAACACAAGGGAGUUUAUCCAUUGCUUGAAGAAAAAUGGGAUCAUCUGUUUGGUGAUGCUGUAGCAACAGGAGUGGGUUGUGUAGCUCCUUCAUUAAAUUCGGAGUCUGUCGAUAAAUCAAUUAAUGACAUUGAUGAGAUUGAAAAUGAAAAUGGUUGGUCUGAUGAGGCUAUGCGUGAAUAUUCCGAAUAUUCUAGACUAGAGAGUUUGGAUAAUCAAGAUAAUUCUUUUUGGAAUAAUUUUUCUACAGAGGUGACUGGUAACCGUACAAUACAAUCUCUGAUGUUCCUAAACAAAAUAACAAAAGUGCAAAGCGUAGAAAGAGGGAAUCUGGGGGCUCUGUUUCAAUGUAACGGUUAUAUGUGACUUUGACAUGUAUUUUAUGUUUAUAUCCGUCGGGUGGGAAGGAUCAGCACAUGAUACUCGAGUGUUCCUUCAUGCAAUUGAGACACCUUCUAUGAAUUUUCCUAAGCCCCCAGAAGGUAGAACUACUUUGAUACUGUUUAUAGUUUCUGCGCUAACAAUCAUUGCAUUUUUUUCAUAUAGGAAAAUAUUACGUAGUAGAUAAAGGAUACCCUGAUCGAAAAGGAUAUCUGGCACCAUAUCCACAUCUUAGAUAUCAUCAGUCACAAUUUGAACAUGUGCUUCCGACCAAUGCUCAAGAAGCUUUUAAUCGUGUACAUUCGUCUCUUCGAAGUUGUAUUGAACGUUCGUUUGGAGUGCUGAAGAAGAGGUGGAAAAUAUUGAACAAAAUGCCAAAAUUUAGUGAGAAGACUCAAAUAGAUGUGAUAAUGGUGACAUUUACCCUUCAUAACUAUAUUCGAAGAAAUGACUCGACAGAUAUGAUAUUCAACAUUGUUCAACAACAUAAUUACAUACCUACAGAAGAACACGGGAAUCAUUCAAGAUUAAGUCAUGAUAAUAUUCGACAAUCACGCCAUUAGAUGCGAGAAAUCUUUGAUAAUAUUGCAAAUAUGAUAUGGGAUGCACGAAAGUUUACUUAAAUACAAAUAAUCGGAGAAAUGUUUUCUAGUAUUUACAUUAAUUUAAUUUUAUGUAUUAG